CUGAAUCGGGGGGUGGAACCAUAGGAUGGAGUUACGCCUUGACAUGGUGUAUAAAUACUUCAACAAGCCUGAUGCACAGAGACAUCGCUCUGAGACAGUCUCCAGGGGACAAUGGCUCUCUGCAAAGAUACCGGUGGAAAGUAUGAUAAAGCAGGUGUUCUUAAGGUUAGAGACCACUCUAAAUGCCCCCAGACAAGGAUUGUUCUGGUGGGUAAAACAGGAGUGGGGAAAAGUGCUGUUGGCAACACCAUCCUGGAUAGGCAAGACUUCACAUCUAUACUCAGCAACGCAUCAGUCACCACCCAGUGCCAGAAGGUGUAUGGACUGGUCAAUGACAGACAUGUCGCAGUGGUCGACACCCCAGGCCUGUUUGACACCGAAAAGCCCAAUGAGGAAAUCCAGAAAGAGAUAGUGAAGUGCAUUCAGGUCUCCUGUCCAGGUCCCCACGCCUUCCUCCUGGUGAUGCAGCUCAACAGAUUCACUGAUGAGGAGAGGAAGUGUGUUGAAGCCCUUCAGGAGAUCUUUGGAGAAGAGUCCAGAAAAUACAUGAUCAUCCUGUUCACCCGUGGAGACGACCUUCAAGGUCAGUCCAUUCAUGACUUUGUCCAGAGGGCCCAUCCUGCUCUGAAAGAGGUGAUCAACAAGUGUGGAGGCAGAUACCACGUCUUCAACAACAGAGCCAUGUUCAAUAGAGCCCAAGUGGUAGCACUGUUGGACAUGAUUGAGAAGAUGAUGGCACUGAAUGGAGGCAGCUUCUACACCCAGGAGAUGUAUGAGGAAGCUGAGGCUAAAAUCAGGGAGAAGGAGGAGGAGAUGAAGAGGGAGAUCAGAGCAAAACAAAAAUGUCACAGAGAAGCCAUGGAGAAGGAGAGGAUGGAGAAAGUCAGGGAGCUAGAGGGGAAGCUGAGAGCUUCUGUUGAAGCUGAGAUUGAGAAGCGAGUGGAUGCCAUGAGGGAACAAUAUGAGAAGGAGCUGAGGGAGACCCGGGACAAAGCAGCAAUGGCCGAACUAAACCUGACCUUUGGAGAGAAACUGAAACAAAAAGUCAUAAAGGCCUUCAAGAUUGCCAGGCACUGAAGUGUUUCUCUGCAGAGUGAAUGGCUUAACUGCAAUAAUGUUCAUAAU